AUGGAGAGGCCGAUGGAAAGUGAGAGGGAGAGACUUCCUUCUCUCAUUUUCCGCUCACCUCUCUACCCCUCCCUCUCUUGCCCCUCCCAGCCCCACGACGUCCCUCUCGCCGCUCUUCACCGCGUUCCCAUCUCAGGCGAAGCCCCCUCUGCGGCCAUUUUCUCCUCCACCGGCCCGCCUCUCAACCCCUUCCCAGUGUCCCCUUCCUCUCCCGGCCCCAUUUCCCAUUACUCCCCCUACUUCCCAGUUUCCCAGCCCCACGGCGUCCCACAUUCCGCCCUUCACCCCGCCUCUCAACCCCGCCUUCCGGCUCACUGUCCCGCCGCCUCCCUCUCGCCGCCCUUCACCACGUUCUCAGACGAAGCCCCAUCAAUCGCCUACUUCUCCUCCACGGGCCCGCCCCUCAACCCCGCCUUCCCAAUCACCCCGCCCCUGCUCGCCUCAAACGACAUCUUUGUUGGGAAUAUAAACGCAUGA